AUGCCACAACGAAAGCCAAGGAGAAUAAGGAGGCACUACAAGAAAUAUUGGAUUUGCUACUUCGUCCUGGGAGUGAUAGCGUUGGCGAUUGGGCUGCCAAUCUUAUUCCUCGUCAUAUUCCCCGCUAUCGCCCAACGGCUGGUGGACGAUGCGGACCUGCCUAUUCAUGCUGCGAUGAUCAUGGACCCCAGCGACAACACGUUGACAUACUCUAUGACGGCAUCUCUCAAGGUCCCUAAGCCGUUUACUGUCCGCAUUGAGCCCACCGUCUUGGAGCUAUAUCGACCCGAGACGAAGCAGCACCGAAUUCCUUACAUCAAGGUGGAACUGCCAGCAUUGAAACUCCACGGCAAUGCUACUGUCAAGGUUGAGGGGCAGCAAGCAACCAUUUUGGACAAGGACCAAUUCACACAGUUCCUAGCGUAUGCGGUCUAUAAUGAUGACUUCGAGAUGGCGGCGUAUGGGAAGACUACGGCGUACCUCGGAAAGCUCAAAGCGCAUAUUACGUUGGAUAAGACCAUCAAAUUGAAGGGUCUAAACAUGCUGAACGGCUUCUCGAUUGAUAAUGCCCAAGUAGUGCUUCCUCCGAAGAAGGAUGGGACUAAUCUGGUUGCUAACUUGACUCUGCCGAACGCAUCACUUGUCACAUUUGAGCUGGGAAAUGUGACUUUGAACCUCAAAGUCGGCGACUUAAUUCUAGGCAAUGCCACUAUCAUGAAUACUAUGCUCAAGCCAGGAAAUAACAGCGUCUACGCGCGUGGUAUUAUCGAUAUCAAAACCGGUCUGCAAAAUGUCGAACCCAUUAUCAAUGCCGAAGCGCAGGCACUGAGACGUGGCAACAUCGCAGUCUCCGCGUCAGGAAAUUCGACCAUAUAUAAUGGCACCCAUAUCGACUACCUUGAGAAGGUACUGAACAAUCUUACGAUUACCACGGAGAUGCCUAUUACAGAUAUCCUGGUUGAUUCUUUGGGAGGUUUGUUGGGUGACUUCUCAGGCGGGCUUAGCAGUCUUCUAAGUGGCUUGAAUACGACAAAUCCUUUGAAUCUAUUAGGAGGAUAG